AAAAAGUUUCAACACACAAGUGAACGCCAUAAUAAAAUUAUGGUACAUUUUAUAUUCUUAUCCUUCCUACUUUUGAACGAUGAAGCCAUGUGGGCUUUGCCCUUUUUCUUAAAACCCAUUUACAAUUUUUUUCUUAACUCAGACCUAUCCAAUCUCACCAAAAACAUCACAGAAUAUUAUAUAUUACAUACAUAUUCUUAUUCAAAAUUAAAUUUUCCAAUCAGAAUAUACGAGACCACGUACCUUCUCUGAUCCUAUUAAUCAAAUAAUCGUGAGGCAAGCAAAACAUUGUAUAUCUGUGGAAGAAGCGGCUGUCUUUGUUCGCAAACUGUUUGAGUUAAUUAAUUACGUGGAAUUGAUGGUCAAGGAAGGUCCGCGUUAGUUCCAUGGAUAAAGUAGAAUUUGCCAACUGCGGACUAGAACCCUUUACAGAGAGUGGCAUCUGAAUAAUCAUAUUUUAACUUUAACUUUUUCCUGCUUUGGGGUUUCAGUAAGGUGCAUGCCCUUCCCAACAAGGAAUGGAAUCGAACAUGUUAUAUGCACUCAGAUUUCUCAGUAACAAAUGCUGCUCUGAUUUCGGUGUUCAGUAAUUCAAGGCGUGGCAUGAUGGAGAGCAAGCCCGGUUCAUCCAGACACGACCGCAAAACGAGAGAGAGAAACAGGAGAAAUCAAAUGAAGGCCCUCUUCUCCGAGCUGCACUCCUUGUUCCUCCACGGAGUCCUACGGAAUCAACAUUGUCAUUGUCCGAUCAAUUAAGUGAAGCGGCCAAUUACAUAAAGAGCUUAAAAGUGAAGGUGGAGGAAAUGAGGGAGCAGAAACAGAACUUGUUAGAAGUAGAAAAGAUCAACACGACCAUGAACAAUGGACCGAUGAUUAAAUUCAAGUCGCCGGAGAUCAGAAUUUGGAACACUGGGUCAAUUUUGGAGGUUGUCCUUGUUACUGGAUUGGAUGACCAAUUCAUGUUCAAUGAGACUGCUCACGUGAUUCAUGAAGAAGGAGCUGAUAUUGUCAAUGCCAGUUUCUCUUAUGUUGGUGAUGCAAUGCUUCACACCUUUCAUGCCAAGGUUGGCGAAGGCGAUUCUCCAGACGAGAGAAUAUCUGAGAGGCUACGGAAGAUUGUCAAUGAUAUGCUGAUGGAGUUUCAUCCUUAAUCUAGUGCCGGUUGAAUGUUGCAGAAUUAUUGAAUCUUCAGAGGUUUGUCACUGUUUUCUUAUGAAUAUGUGACUUCAUAUAUAAUUCCGUGGAGUUGCAAAAUGAUUUUCUAAAAGCUCCAAACAAGCUAGCUCUAGCUUUUCCAAACCUUCUCAUUUGUUACCUGACAUAGUACCAUGUUAUUACGAUCGUCUUGUACUCUCACACCCUCUCUAAACAAUUUCCUCACUUACUGACUAUAUGUGUGAACAUCAAUACACUUUUCAUUUCUGAAACCUUUCAUGCAUCAUUUCUAAGUAUUUCUAUAUAAUUACAUGAAAUUGCCUUUCUGUUAGCUUAGAAUGUUAGUGAUAGAGAAUACUUGAAAUCCUCUCUCACGUGCAAGCCGGGAUAAAGAAUGACAUGUGGGCAGAACUUUACAUUGAUAUAGCGUUAGAAGAUACACCCAAAAGUUUAAAUUUAUAGGUGAAGGGAGACCACAUAUAUGUAAAGAGCAUACUAAUCUCGUAGACAAGUGAUGUGAGAUAUUUUUAACACCUUUCACCUUAUAAUAUGGUGGAAGUGCAAGUUGCAUUGUCUAUGUAGUUUUCGCAUUCAACCUUCUUUGAACCCUUCUUUCUGCUCUUUUUUUUUAUUUUCCCCUUUGGGGAAGGAUUGGUCUCGGACUUUAAUCCUCUUGCUGGAUCAGCUUCUAUGGGUCAUUUUAGGAUACCUCAGGCGUACGUAAAAUUUGUUUACAACUCCUAAAAACUCCCAAAAUGAUGUCAUUAUCGCAAAUUUAUCCUCCUUUACAAUUCCGUCCAAUUUCGCAGUUAAAUGUCUUGCUG